AUUUUUUUGGCAUGCGCGUUCGACGAUGCAACGAAAAUCGUGCUCGUGAGUGUUUUCAUGAAAGCAAGUGAAUUUUGAACUUUGUUUGUGUAACGUGAAAGUUUUGUCGUUAUAUAAAUUAUUGUUUAUAUCUUCUCAGUGAUUGUGUUUUAUAAUUUGUCGCAAUGAAUAAAACUUGUGCAAGGUGCGAAAAAACAGUUUAUCCAACGGAGGAAUUGAAAUGUUUAGACAAGGUGUGGCACAAAGGCUGUUUCAAAUGCCAAGAAUGCGGGAUGACGCUAAACAUGAGGACCUACAAGGGCUACGGGAAACUGCCCUACUGCGAAGCACACGUGCCGAAAGCGAAGCACACGACAAUGGCGGAGACGCCAGAGCUGAAGCGGAUAGCUGAGAACACGAAACUGCAGAGCAACGUCAAGUACCACGCUGACUUUGAGAAGAGCAAGGGGAAGUUCACACAGGUAGCUGAUGACCCAGAGACCCUCAGGAUCAAAGCCAACACGAGGAUAAUAAGUAACGUCGCGUACCAUGGCGACUUGGAGAAGAAGGCGCAAAUGGAGAAGCAGAGGCAGAUCAACGAGAACGGAGAAAUCGUCGACGUAGCAACCAACGAUAACUACCAUCAACAAAUCGAAAGCUACGCAACCGAAAUGCUACCAAACGUACCGCCGCCGAACCUACCACCGAAAACUCACUACCAGACACCCGUCGCUCAAAGCCAUCGACCAUACCAGCCUGAAUACCGCCAGGAGGAAUAUUUAGCCUACCCGAAAUAUGAGGACUUUCAGCAGAAUGCUAAUCAGUAUUACGGGAAUCAGAAUCAGAGAAUUGGUAGGAUUCAAGAUUAUGAUCCCUUGAGCGAUGGUCCGAGGCAGCCUCCGAACACCCAAAGGGCGUCAGCCACUUUGAUUUAUAACAGUUCAAAUGAUGGGAAGAGAGGAGCACACCAAGUGCAACAGCAACAGAGUAGCCGACAUAUCGGUCGUGUGACCGACCUCGACCCACUUGCCAACGAACAACACAACCACCGCCCAACCAACCACUCCACACACCCCAACCAGAGAGUCUACAUCGCGAUGUAUGAUUACGAAGCAGACGACAGUGAUGAAGUAUCCUUCCGCGAGGGCGACUUAAUAUCAAACGUGACUUCAAUCGAUGAAGGCUGGAUGACGGGGCAGGUGCUCCGUACGGGACGCACCGGAAUGCUUCCCGCUAACUACGUCGAACUCGCCCCAGACUCUGUACGCCCUCGUUGAACACGUCACGAUCCGUUGCAACACGUUACAACUCACAGAACAUACAAUUAACAUCAUACAAAUCAAGAUAAAAUCAUUUUACGCAACAUGCGAGUCAUAGCUACACAUGUCAGUUGACAUAGAACAAGUCACAGCACGCAAGACAUUGACAUGAGUCAUUCAAGUCAUGUUACAUCACGAGUUGCAAGUCAUCAUAACAUAAACUUUAAUAAAUGUAAAAUACAAGACAAUAUUUAAACCGUUUAUCUCAUAUCAUAUAUAUACAUAAAAAUACUUACACUUGUGAUAAACAAACAUAAUAUGUCAUUAUUAACGAAACUUAGUGUCGAUCACUACAUAAUUAUUGUCAAUCAACCAGUAUAUAUAAGUAUGACUAAAUAUACAUCACUAUUAUUUAAAAAAUAAAAAACUUUGCCACUUGUUUGUAUACAUUUAUAGCAUUAAAAUAUUCUAAUAUAGAUAUAUGUAUCUCGAUGUAUAACUUAUACAAAAUUAUGUUUCUUGAAAAUUAUACUUGCAUGUAAAACUAAUUUUGCAACUAAGAACUAAAAUAAAUCGUUCACUUUCA